AUGCCUCGCCCAGCGCUGCCGCCCACGCCCGGCUCCUCGUCCGAUAUCAGGGGCAAGGAUGGCGCGCAGCAGCUCGCGUCCCUGCAGCUGGCCUUUGAGCUGCCGCCGCCGGCAAUCCACGAUGCCUCCCCCGUCGACCCCAAGCUCUCGCCCUUGUCCGCCGCCAGCUGUCCUCCUCCUCCUCCUCCUCCCCCUCCUCAUCCCCAUCCUCCUCUUUCAAGCACGACAAGUGCAAACACGGGCCUAGUAGGCCUGGACACUGCUACCUCGCCCAAGACCCUGUAUCCCAUGCAGGCGGCCGAGACGGUCAAGUCCCGCAGACGCUCAUCCGCCGCGUCCUCCGGCAAGGCCACCACCGCCGGCAGCAGCAGCACCUUUGCCCUGCCGCCGCCGCCCACGCGGUCCAGGAAGAUUAUCCAGAUGAAGCCGCGCACCCAGCAGAGCACCGCCGCCGGCGCCCACUCGGCGGCAUCCACCACCAGGGACGGCGAGCCCUCCUCCUCCUCCUCCUCCUCCACCAGGAAGAAGCAGCCCAGCGCGACCAGCGCCGCCGGCAGGAAGAUUGCGCGCAAGACGGCCCACAGCCUGAUUGAGCGGCGGCGGCGCAGCAAGAUGAACGAGGAGUUUGCGCUGCUCAAGAGCAUGAUUCCCGCGUGCACCGGCGAGAUGCACAAGCUGGCCAUCUUACAGGCCUCGAUUGAAUACGUCCGCUACCUGGAAGACUGCGUCGCCAAGCUCAAGGCCCAGCAGGAGCAGGCCAAGACCAACAGCAACAGCAGCAGCAGCCGUCCCGAGGCCGCAGCCGCCUCGUCCUCGUCGUCCCACAGCCCGCUGCCGCCCAUCCGCGCGUUCCACCCGACGUUUCGCGAUGAGGAUCCGGCCGACGUCGAGAUGACUGACUCGGACGCUGCGCCGUCGCCCGUCUUUGCGCCCCAACAGCAGCAUAAUCAUAAUCAUCAUGAUCAUCAGCAGCAGAACCAGCAAACGUCAGUGUCCGUCUCGCCCGCGCUGCACGCCCAGGACUCGCGCUACCGGCAGCACUCGUACUCGUCCGUGUCGUCGUCGACGGCGGCGGCGGCAGACCAGCGGCACUACAGCUACAGCUACAGCUACAGCGCGUCGACGACGACGACGACGACGUCGCCCGCCUUUGGGCCGCAGCUGUUUGCUGGCAGCAAUGGUGCGUAUGGCAGCACGUCUGCAUCCGGGUCGACGCUGACGAGCCCGGCGCUGUUGCCGCAGACGGAUCUCGACCACGAGGCUACGGCGGCGCUGCUGAUGCUCAACUGUGAUAGGAGGGGGACGGUGGGGAGGAAUGGUAAUGGUAAUAAUUAUCGGGCGCUGUCUGUGAGGGAUCUGCUGAGUUCAUGA